GCCAUGGCCGAGGCCGUGCGGGCUCCGCGCCGCGCCCGCGGCCGCGCCAAGGAAAAAAAGAAAAAAAGUAGUGAAGAGUCCCAGGUACAAGAGCCUGAUGAUGUCUUCCUCCCUCCUCUGGCAGAAGGGUCUUCUCGAGCCAGGAAGGUGCAAGUGGAACAUCCUGGAGAAUUUACAGAAAUUCAGCUCAGAGAUGAAGUAGAGGACGGGAAAACUGUAAAUGAUGUGUGUGACAUCCCCCAGAGUCAUCUACCUUCAGCAAGUGAAGGGGCUGUUACAGUAACUCUGGAGCCUCCCACGGGCACAGAAGAGUUCAAAGCUGCUCCUUCCCAUGAGGAAUGUGUGGGGGAUGCUGAGAAGAGUGGGAAAAGCGAGUCGGACAAACCUCACAGCCCCGUGGAGGUGGUUGCCAGUGGAUCAAGAAAUCCCGAUGUAUUGAGCAGUACCUUCCAGCCAGGUGCUGCUGGCUCCCAGACAGUGCUGGGCUUUGUGCGGGACAGGGGAGCUGAAAACAUGCAAGAUGCUAAAAGUCCUCUUGCUUGCUCUUCAGAGAAGCUUCCUCCCAGCACUUCCCAGCUCCCUGAGAAGUCCAAGGCGCGUGUCCAGCGGCCGGGACUGAGGUCGGUCUAUCCAGACCUGUCAGCUGAGCUGUCCUAUGAGAGACCCACCAUCAUGGCAGUGAAACCCCUGCUGCACCAUGAGAGGCUGUACCCAGAGCUCCCCAGCGAGCCAGAGCUGGUGCCCUUCACCAGGGAACAGCUGAAGAUCUUCGAGCCCUGCUCAUGGCUGGAGAAUGUCGACUCCUAUGCCGAGGAAUUCGAAAGCGUGGCCCAUCAGGACAGGCACGAGUUCUACGAGCUGCUCCUGAACUACAUGCGCUGCAGGAAGCAGCUGCUGCUGGCUGAGGCAGAGCUACAGGCCAUGACAACUGACUGCCAAAAUGUGAAGGGGAGACUGUGGACUUUCAAAGAACAACAGAAGACUGUGCAGGGUGUCUGUGCAGACCAGUGUAAGGUGACGGGUCACCAUCGCUACCAGACCGUGGAGCUGAACGAAGGCGUGUUGGGGGAGCUGAAGAAGCUGUUUGAGGCCAAGGCAGAGCACGUGCACCAGACCCUGGCCCUGCACUCGUACACCUCAGUGCUGUCCCGGCUCCAAGUGGAGUCCUACGUUUACAGGCUGCUCAGCAGCUCGUCCCUGCUGAGGUCUGUGGCCCUUCAGCAGCAAGAACAAGUUUCAAAGCAGUCAGAGAAUCUUUCUUCAGACUUGAGCCACUUGAAGGAAUGUGUCAGUGUCCUCUUCAGCUUCACUCGCAGAGUUAUUGAAGAUCCUCAGUUUCAGAGUGACCUUCUCAUGUGGCUGCAGAGACUGGGUUCUGUGCUGCAAAGAAUUGGCUGUCCAGGUGACCAUCUCUUCCUCUUCAACCACAUCCUUCGGUGUCCAGCUGGGAUCAGCGAGUGGGCUUGUCCGUUCAUUCAGGUAAAUCGUGUGGACUUCAUGUGCCAUAUGAAACCAAGUGAAAGGAAAAGUUCCUCUUCGUCUGGGAAGGAAUCUGGGAACUGGACCCUUGUAGAUGAAGGAGGAGAAGAGGAUGAGGAUCCUGAAACAAGCUGGAUUCUGCUUUCAGAAGACGACUUGAUUGCUCUGUUGUCACAGUUUCCAUUCCAUGAACUCUUUCAGCAGUUCCUCGGGUUUAAGUCUGGAGGUGCUUAUUUUCCCGAGAAAACAACUCCCCAGGAGAUGAUGAAGAUUUUUGCCUUUGCAAACUCCUUAGUGGAACUUCUGUCUGCGGGGUUAGAAACAUUUAACAGAGCACGGUACCGGCAGUUUGUGAAGAGAAUUGGUCAUCUCAUCAAGAUGACACUUUGUCAUGUGAGUGACCACUGGGCCCAGUAUGUUAGUGCCAACAGACAAUAUGGAUCAGUAGCACAUCCCUACUCUCUGGAAAAAUUGCAACUGGAGUUUGAUGAGCUGUUUUUUAGGGCUGUUCUACAUGUUCUGAAGGCCAAAAGGUUGGGAGUCUGGUUAUUCAUGUCCGAGAUGCCUUACGGAACACUAUCCAGCAACAUGCUUUGGAGGCUCUUCUUUGUCAUGCACUGUGCUGAGAACGAGCACCUGGAAAAGCUCUGCUCUGCUCUGGAACCUGCUGACUGCAAGCAAAGGCUCAAAGACCCACAGCACCUCGAAAAUUUUGAAAAGUAUCUCCAGUCAAUGAACUGCUCAGAAGAAAUCUGUCUGCUCACCACAUUUGCUCAGAUGGCACAAACCAAACGGGCUGAUGUUGAUGAGGAUUUUAUCAAAAUCAUUGUUCUGGAGAUAUAUGAGGUGUCCUAUGUUAGCCUUUCCACAAGAGAGACGUUUUCCAAAGUUGGUCGAGAACUCUUGGGAGCCAUUGCCAGCAUCCACACGCAGAUUAUUUCCAUACUGCUGGAUCGAAUUAGAGAGACCAUUGAGAAGGUUGGGAUGGUUUCCUUGUACCUGUUUAAAGAGCUGCCAUUGUACCUGUGGAAGCCUUCUCCAUCCGAGAUAGCGCUGAUUCGUGACUGGUUAUUAAAUUACGGCCUGACAACAGUGGAGAAUAAGCUUGCCUGCAUUAUCCUGGAAGGGCUGAACUGGGGAUUUGGGGAGCAGCAAUCUGCUCUUCAUCUGGAUCCAGCUGUCCAUUCUGAAGUUGCAUUGAUGGUCCUGGAAGCGUAUCAGAAAUAUCUCUCCCAGAAACCCUAUGCUGGGCUGCUUUCUGAAAGCAUAAAGCAGGUCUCCUACUUAGCCAGCAUUGUUCGUUACGGAGAAACGCCGGAGACUUCCUUCAACCAGUGGGCUUGGAGUUUGAUUCUGAGGCUGAAGCUGCACAGGAACGACCGCGGGGUGCAGCAGGGCGGGCCGCCCGUGCCCGUGUGCGACAGCGCGCUCGACGCGGCCGAGUCGGUCGCGCUGCACCCCCUGCUCAAGGCUGUGAAAGCAAACAUCCCCAUAGGCUGCUACCUGGCACUGGCCAUGACCACCCUGGGGCACAGCAUUGAGAAGUUCUGUGCUGAAGGGAUCCCUCUUUUGGGUGUACUCGUCCAGUCUAGACAUCUGAGAACAGUGGUGCAUGUGCUGGAUAAAAUUUUACCAUUGUUUUACUCUUGCCAGUAUUACCUCCUGAAGAAUGAACAGUUUUUAUCUUACAUCCAACUGUUCCUUCAUCUGGACAGUGGAGUCCCUCAAGGAGUUACCCAGCAGGUUACCCAUAAAGUGACACAGCACUUGACAGGUGUGAACUAUGGAGAAAACGUUAAGCUGCUCAGUAGUAUGAUACAGACUCACAUUUUUGUAAGUGACCAGCCAAAUGGAGUGGGACCAGCUGCAGUACUGGAGUUCUGGGUCCAGGUCCUCACCAGCCAGCAGCUGUGGCACCGGGACAGGGCAACACUCUGCUUGCUGGAUGACUUAUGUAAAGCUGCUUUUCAGUACAGUCAAGAGGACUGUGUACAAAAGCUGCUUUACCAACAGCACAAGAAUGCUUUGGGCUAUCACUGUGACAAAGGUCUGCUGUCUUCCCUUGUUAGCUGGAUCGUGGCUGGCAAUGUGACACCAUCUUUUGUGGAGGGCAAUGCCAAUCCCUCUCAGGUCUGGUUUUCGUGGAUGGUGUUAAAUAUGGAGUCAAUAUUUGAAGAAGAUUCACAGCUUCGCAGAGUUGUGGAGGGGGAGCUGGUUAUUAAUGCUUUAACUCCUGACCAAGCUUUGAAGAAAGCCCAGGCCCAGCUGAAGCUGCCCAUCGUCCCUUCCCUUCAGAGGCUCAUGAUCUACCGCUGGGCUCACCAGGCCCUUGCUACCCCGGCAGAUCACCCUCUCAUGCCACUGAUCUGGCAGAAAUUCUUCCUCCUCUACCUUCACCGACCAGGACCACAGUACGGGUUACCUGUAGAUGGCUGUAUUGGGAGGCGUUUUUUCCAGAGUGCAGCUCACGUGAACUUGCUGAACGAGAUGAAACAGCGGUUGAUAGAGGUGGCAGACUUCCACCACGCUGCCAGCAAAGCACUGAGGGUGGAGAGCCCUGCUGAGGGCACUGACAGGUCACCAGAGAAGGCCAGCUGCUCACCUGAGUACCUUACUUCACCUGAGCUGCAUAAGGAGCUUGUCAGGCUUUGUAAUGUUUUAGUUUUGUGGUUGGAAGAAGAGAAUUUCCAGAAAGGAGACACAUACAUUCCCUCUUUACCAAAGCAGUAUGAUGUACAUAGACUUGCUAAAGUCAUGCAGAAUCAACAGGAUUUGUGGAUGGAGUUUGUCAAUGUGGAACUCAUACACCACGAGUUUCAGGAAGCUCUAAACCUUUGGCUGCAGGUUCAGCUCGAAUCACAUACAACCUGUGUUCCUGCAGGGCAGACAGAUUUCACCAACCCUUUAUCAGCCAAAGAGAGGAUCAUAAAUAAUUUGAAGAAGUUUGAUACUCCCAAGCCCCCUCUCCCACUCCAGACAAUGAAAGCCCCUGUGCCAGUCAUUUCCUCUGCCAGUCUAGUGAGUCAGAAGGAAGCAGUUCAGCUCAUGCGUAAGGACCUGAACAUCCUGCAGCAACAUGCCAAAACUGCAGCUCUCUGGGAAUCGCAGCAUGUUGCUCUCAAUAAUGAAAUACUGGACACGGUGCCUAAGCUGUUUGUGAACAGGGAAGAGCAGAUCACCCUCCAUUUGGAGUGCCGGGGGACUUCCAAUAAGGGCUGUCAGGGAGCAGCUCUGCUCACCAUCCAGUUUGAAGGGAAGCACAAAAACGAGGCGGUGAGCCAGCAGCUUCAUGCUCUGCGCAAAGAAGUGAGACAGCUGCAGGCAGAAGCUACGAAGCCGCCUUCCCUGGGCGUUGUGGAAGCAGCAGUGCACGUGGAGAAUUUUAUAACGGCCUUAAUAAAUAUCUACAAGGUGCAGCCCAUGCCUGCAAUUAAGAAAGUUGGAAUUAGUUUGUUUUUUACGUUGGUGGAAUAUGUGUGUGAUGAAACUCAACGCAACCCUCCCACAAGGCAAUUCUUCACGUCCUGCAUUGAGAUUCUGGGCCAAGUGUUCAUCAGUGGGACCAAGUCAGAGUGCAGACAUCUGCUUGAGACCAUCCUGCAGAACCGAAGGCUCUGUACCCUCCUUUCUCCUUACUUCACUCCCGUUGCCUCUCCCAGUGAAUUUGUGACUUUGUAUGAAAAAGUUGUGGCCUUUCUGAGUGAGGACAACAGUGAUGUUGUCUUCAUGCUGCUGACAAAGUUUGACCUCGUGCAGUGGUUAAGCCUGGCUAAGCCACCUCUUGCUGAGCGUACCAAGCUUCUGGAGUCUAUUCACUUGGCUCUCAAUGCAUGUGGCCUAGAACCUGAAGAAGACAUUUUGAUGCCAUUUAAUAUCUUCUGCAAGCAUUGGACUAACCUUCUCCAGUAUCAGUUCCCUGACCACUACAGUGAUUUCCUAAGGCUGUUCGUGCAAAGCUCAUCAGAGCAGCUUCUAAGCCCUGACUGUUGGAAGGCAUCACUUCAAGCUUUGGGGUGUGAUUCACCAGUGGCUGAGCAGGGAAGCUUCAGGAAGAGUGAUUCUACUGAAACUCCUGCAUUGAGGGAUGCUGGAAAAACUCUGCUCUCCACAGAACAGGUUAGAGAGACAAUAGAAUGGCUUUCCACAUCCUUCUGCAAACUCCGACUGGCUUCAGUGGACUUCAGGACUUUUGGCCUGUUUUCAAAGUGGAGUCCUUAUGUGGCUGAAGUGAAUGUGUUCCUGGAGUAUCUUGUUAAACGACUUAUUGACAGUGAAGUUGAUAAUUUAUCCCAAGAACCUGUGGGCAGCAGCACAAUUCUAGCAGCCCUGCAGUCUUUGUAUUCAAUCAUUGCUGGACUCUUUAAGCCAUGGAUACUGGUCUUGGAUAAGGAAGAUGCAAGUAACCAGCCCUGCUACCCCUGGCUGGAGAGUGACACCCCUGUAGCCUCCACUGUGGUCUCUUUGUUUACAAAUUGCAUCAAGCUUUUGCACGAGAGCUUUAAAGAAAAGCUGUUGCCAAACCAUCAUGGGGCUCUCUGGUUACAUCUCAUGCAUUACUGUGAGUGUUGCACAGCCCCCAAAAUGCCAGAGUUUAUUCUCUAUGCCUUCCACACUGAGUUCAGAAGGCUUCCAUGGAAGGAAAUGCAUCCAGACCAGAUGCUGAUGGAAGAGUUCUUCAAAAUUGAAAGGGGCAGUCCCAAGAGUUGUUUCUUAUUCUUGGGUUAUGUUUUAUGUGAAAUAAACUGGGUCAGUGUCCUCUCUGAUGCCUGGAAUCCCAACCCUCAGCCUCAGACUCACAACAUGAUUGUCUGUUUGCUGUAUAUGAUGGUCCUGUUGGCAAAGGAGGAACAACUUAUUGGUGAAGAGGAAUCACCACUCAUAAAUCUUCUUGGACAGACCAGCUCCCUUCCUUGGCAGCUUGUGGGCAUUUCAUCUUAUCAAAGCAUCAUCAGCUACUGCAAUAGUCACUACCCUCCCUCUGUUAUCCUUGCUAAGGAUGCUGCAGCUGAACUGAUUGUGAAGCUCCUGAAGAUCUCGGCAGGCUUUGGGGCAUCUUCGGAUAGUCACAUCCACCUCGACGCAACACUGAAGUGCCGAGCGUACAUUUGCCAGGUGGUUCAGUUCCUCAGCACCCUGGAGCAAAGUGGAAAGAUCACCCUUGCAGUUUUGGAGCAGGAAAUGGCCAAGCUGCUGGAUGAUGUAGUCAUCUUUAAUCCCCCAGACAUGGACCUGCAGACGCGCCACCUGGCCCUCAGCAGUCUCUUCACGGAAACGCUGAUGAUGCUGAACAAUUCCAGCAUCACCACGGCCGAGUCUCUCCGGGGGACCCUGCGGAGGUGGAUAGAAGGCAAAGUGCACGGACUGCUGGCCAUGCCUCUGCUCACAGCGGCCUGCCAGAGCCUGGCCUCGGUGCGGCACAUGGCCGAGACCACAGAGGCCUGUAUCACUGCUUACUUCAGUGAGGAUUCUCCUCACCACCAGGAUUUAGGCUGGGGCCCUAUACUUGCCUCCCUCCAAGUCCCUGAGCUAACCAUGGAAGAAUUCCUGCAGGAGUGUCUGUCUUUAGGAAGCUACUUGACCCUGUAUGUCUACCUGCUGCAAUGCCUGAACACUGACCAAACUCUUACCAAUGAAAUGAAGAUCCUGCUGACCAUCAGCAAAUGGCUGGAGCAGGUGUACCCCAGCUCAGCAAAGGAAGAGGCCAAGCUGUUUCUUUGGUGGCAUAAGGCCAUGCAGUUAUCCCUGAUUCAGAUGGAGCAGGAUGAUGCUGUUCUGAUCGAAUCCGUCAUCCGGACACUGCUGUCCAUCCAGGGCAGGCAGAGCCAGCUGGCUGAAGAGAGACUGACUUCUGGAAUACUUGGUGCUAUUGGACUGGGCAGGAGGUCUCCUUUGUCACCCAGGUUUCGGGUGGUUGCCCGCAGUCUGUCUGCUUUCCUCUUGGUGCAGAUUCCUGCAGAGAGUCAAGUGCGCCUGAAAGCCGGCUCGGAGCCCAAGCUGUCUCAGAAGGCUCAGCAGGCACUGAGCGCUCUUGAAUCCAUGGCGUCAAACAAGCAAUAUAUGGAGUACCAAGAGCAGCUCUCCCAGGCUUCUGUGUUCAUCAGGCAUCCAGAGCAUUGUCUUCGGGAUGGCAACAACCUGCUGGCUCUCCUUGUCAACACCCUGUACCCAGAAGUGCAUUAUUUGGACACCAUCCGGUAGCGGCGCUGGGCUCGCAGGGCCAUCACUCAGUGCCCAUCACCCUGGUUUACAAACAGUGUCCCUGCUGCACAAAUAACUUUCACCUUCAGAGUUCCACUUAGUAACUAAGUCAGAAUUGUGAAUGGGAGCGGCAUGCUGUCAAGCUUUUCUCCCCUUUUAAGGUUUUCUUGCUUCCCUUUUUAGGCCUGUGGAAUUGCCAUUUUUUUUUUUUUUUGACUGAAAGCACUUGAAUAUCCUCCUGUGUGUGGUGCACUUCUGAGAGGAGGGUACUUGGGGAUAGGUGUACAAGUCAUUAGUCAGCAAAGCUCAUCCUGGAGCGUCUGGAGUUUUUGCUUGGUGCCUUUUUUAUUUUCCAAUGUGUCAUCACUCAGGCCAGUUCAAAUUUACUGGGGGAUUGUGUGUAAAAGAGGUUUGACUUUCUUAACCAAGGAUACCUCUGAGUCUUACCUGAGUGUGUGUCUGGUGAUUUUUGUGAAAUCCCUGUAUUUGAAAAGAUGGUACUUCAAGUUUUGAUUUCUUUUUGGUAUUCCACAGAAAUCUGUAGUUGAGAGGCAUGCCUACAAUCUUCACCCACUUGUGUAAAUAUUAACAAAAAUUGUAACUGAAGAACUUUGGUUUUUUCCUGUUUUCUAAA